AUGCGUCAGAGAUGCCCUGGCAGCGUCGUGGGGCCGCGCUCACGGUGCCUACACGGCACCGGCGUCACAUUCAAGGAGCAGCUGGAGGGAGACGACGCCGCGCUGAUCGAGGUGGGCGACGUGUGCGUGGAGGUGCGGUGCAGGCCCGGCGACGUCGUGCUGGUGCGCUAUAUGGGCGAGGCGAAGUGGCGCAAGUGCGCGGAGGGCCAGCAGCUCAACUUGGCGCACGCCGCCCACUUCACCGGCGACCACCUCACAUGCCCGCGCUACGACGAGGUCUGCAGCUGCGUCCCGCAGGAGUCCGGCGACGGCGAGCUGGAGAUCGUCACCGACCCGGAGGAGGCGCACACUGCCGCCACCAACACCGCCGCUGCUGCCAGAACCCCAAAUCCCAAGACCGCCGACGCCGCCAGCCCCGCUGUUGGCGAUGAAAAGACUGAACCUUCAACUCUGACAGAUCCGGCCCCGGACAGCGGCGAUACGCGUAAUGACGGCAGCGGCAGCCCUGCGUGGAUGGGCGUGCCACUGCUGCUGCUGCUGGCGGUGGCGGCAUCGGCCUGCAUUUUCGUGCCCUGA